GCGUGCGUGCCCGCUUCCAAGAUGGCGGCGGCGGUGUCCGGCGUCCUGGGCCGGACGGGCUGGAGACUGCUGCAGCUGCGGUGCCUACCUGUGUCCUGCUGCCGACAACCUCUGGUGCCACGGGCCUUCCAUGCUUCUGUGGUGCUCAAGUACUCAGAAGAGCAGAAGCAGCAGCCUUCCUCCUCAUCUUCUCAGCAGCAUUCUGAGACACAGGGGGCAGGAAGACCUGAUUCAGGGUCUCCUCAUCCACCCCCCAGGUACACAGAGCAGAGCGGAGAGGAGGAGGAGGACUAUGAGAGUGAGGACCAGCUGCAGCACCGCAUCCUGACUGCUGCCCUGGAGUUCGUGCCCGACCAUGGAUGGACAGCAGAGGCCAUUGCCGAAGGAGCCAAGUCCCUGGGACUCUCCAGUGCAGCAGCCAGCAUGUUUGGGAAUGAUGGCAGCGAGCUGAUACUGCACUUUGUGACCCAGUGCAAUGCCCGGCUCACCCGAGUGCUAGAAGAGGAGCAGAAGCUGGUACAGCUGGGGCAGUCAGAGAAGAGGAAGACAGACCAGUUCCUGAGGGAUGCAGUGGAAACCAGACUGAGAAUGCUGAUCCCGUACAUUGAGCACUGGCCCCGGGCCCUCAGCAUCCUCCUGCUCCCUCACAACAUCCCGCCCAGCCUGAAUCUGCUCACCAGCAUGGUGGACGACAUGUGGCACUACGCGGGGGACCAGUCUACAGACUUUAACUGGUAUACUCGCCGUGCUGUGCUGGCUGGCAUCUACAACACGACAGAGCUGGUGAUGAUGCAGGACUCGUCCCCAGACUUCGAGGAUACUUGGCGCUUCCUGGAAAACCGGAUUAAUGAUGCCAUGAACAUGGGCCACACUGCCAAGCAGGUGAAGUCCACUGGAGAGGCACUGGUUCAAGGACUCAUGGGUGCAGCAGUGACGCUCAAGAACCUGACAGGUCUAAACCAGCGCCGGUGAAAGGAUGGAUGCCAGCCUGAGUUCCCGAAAGGAAAUAAGCGGCUAGAUUUAAAGAGCUUUGAUAAGUAAGUGCCAUCCAUGGAAGCAGAUGUUCAUGAGCACACACCGAAGGACUCCAGAGUCACUCCCACAGCCACUGGGAAACCUCAGGGCACCUGGGGCUGGGCCUUGUCCUACUGCCCAUCCGGCCAUGUGAAACCUGAAGGAUGCUCUGAUCCGAGCACUUGGGCCGCAGAAACAGCACCUCCCUCUGAUGGUCUCACCUUGGUCAUGUCUUAGACUUACAAGUAGUUGGUGGGGCAACAAGGCCACAGUCAAGGUCCAGUACCACCACAAGGUGGCAGCCCAUCCCCAGCAGAGCAUAGGCAUUGUCCUGAGAUGGAACACCUGCAGGUGCCCUGAGAAACCCGCUUCACCUGAGGUGGGUGCCUGCUGGGUGGAGAGUGAUGCAUUGUGGGAUUGUUAGUGUAUGUAAAAUGAAUAAGUCUGUAAAAAUAAUAAAUAUAUUUGAAGCA